CGAGGAAAAAAAGAGCAAAUGCUGAGAAAUCCAGCCAGUCUCGGGCUGUGGUCAUCUUCUUGAAUCAUAAUUUGAUUUGUGCACUCUGAGAGCCUGAGAGAGGGAGAGAGAAGAGGAGCAUUCGUUCUUUCCAGACCCCUGUUCGCCUGAGCCAUAGGGAAAGGCUUCUCUCUCUCACACACACACACACACACACACACAGAGACAGAGAGCAGCACACAGGGCUAGGCCGCAAGUCAUUAGUUCUUCGUGGGCAAGCACUGACAAAAGGCUGGACAGAGAAGCCCGUAUGAGUUCAGCCACAGGAACUAUGCAGGGCUGAGCAAGAAGGACGCGCUCCUGCUUUUCUUGAUGUUUUUGUUGUUUUUUUUUGGAAGGAAGCACCACCGAGGAUAUUGUCACAACAGAGCACUCGUGCUACACCACGCAGGGGAAGAGCGAUCACUUCCUUGUGUCGACUAUCUACAUUUUGGAGGCAAGCGCAGGCAGUCCACGUCGCCUCGUCUGCCGCUGCAGCUGCGGCAGCUGGCGGCGCCCGAAGAAGCCCACGACCACAUGAAAGUGAUGUUGUUGUUGCUGUGGGGACAUCAACUUGUUUUGCUUGAUCUAGGGGGUCACAAUGCUGCUGUUGCUGCCGCUGAGAGGAUUACAGCAGAAUAGGGGAGUUGUGUCCGCAGCCUCGCUGGAUGGAAGGAAGAUCUAGAGCGAGAAAAAGGAUUUUAUUUUCCAGGGAAGGAAGCCACAGACACAGCACAUUAAUGUUCGCCCUGAGGAGAACCGUACGCUCGACUCAUUGUUCCCUGUGAAAGCUUCCUCGGCUGAAGUGUGACACCGUUCGGCCGAGCAGGCUUCUCUUUCACCAUCUCAGGAAUUGGUCUGAAAGGAGGAGGGGGAAAAAGGACAAACCAACACACAGUGGCUACCACUUGGACAAGGGAAAAGGGCGGUGGAGGGGAGGGGGGGGCACUAAAAUCUACAAGCAUGCACAACUAAAAGUUGCUACACUAGACUGUUUCCAGGUCAUAGUGGAGUGGGAGGAGACAGAACUGCUCUUGUUUUUUUUCUGCCAAACACCCUCCUCCUCAAGGCUGUAGCCUAUUUUUUUUCUCACUUUGACAUCUGCUUGUUUAGCCUGAGGACUGUUUUUUUCUGCUUCUUCCCAGUUCUGCUAUUAUAUGCUCUAAAUUAAUGCAGAGAGUAAACAAAUGAGAGCACAGGCGAGCAGAAAGUACUGAUUCUCUCCAGGAGAGGGGAAACACACAAUCUGGACUUUUGAUGUUUACGUUACCUUGACAGCAACCAGAGAUCUUGGCUGCCUGUCCCAUUUUCUUCUGCGGUGGUUCGCUAACCAAGCGAUGGCCAUGGUGAGUGGGGGCUGGGGAGAUCCCAAUGGGGGCACAAACGGGUUGGGAGACAAGAGCUACCUGAGGGGGGAGGAGGAGGACGGUUCUCCACAGGCGGGGGGCAGCGACAUGGAGGCCGGGGACGAUGACAAGGCCUGCGUGGUGGACUGCGUGGUGUGCGGGGACAAGUCCAGCGGGAAGCAUUACGGCGUCUUCACCUGCGAGGGCUGCAAGAGCUUCUUCAAGAGGAGCGUCAGACGCAACCUCAGUUACACAUGCAGGUCAAACAGAGAGUGUCAGAUUGACCAGCACCACAGGAACCAGUGCCAGUACUGCCGACUGAAGAAGUGCUUCCGUGUUGGCAUGCGCAAAGAAGCAGUUCAACGCGGCCGCAUCCCACCUCAGCCGAGCCUCAGCCCCUCCAUCACACCCAUAGGUGGCGCCAGCGGCCUUGGUGGCGAGUUCUAUAACAACAACAACAAUGGUGGAAGCGGAGCAGGUCAGCCGGUGUCAGAGCUCAUUUCCCAGCUGCUGCGAGCCGAACCAUACCCCAGCAGUCGGUAUGGACACCAGUACAACCAACAGGCCGGUCCAGAUAACGCCAUGGGGAUCGAUAACAUCUGUGAACUGGCUGCCAGGCUGCUCUUCAGCACUGUGGAGUGGGCCAGAAACAUCCCUUAUUUCCCUGAGCUGCCUGUGUCAGACCAGGUGGCCCUGCUGAGGCUGAGCUGGAGCGAGCUGUUCAUCCUCAAUGCGGCCCAGUCUGCCCUGCCGCUCCACAUGGCUCCCUUGUUGGCCGCGGCCGGCUUCCACUCCUCACCCAUGUCUGCGGAGCGCGUGGUCUCCUUCAUGGACCAGGUGAGGGUGUUCCAGGACCAGGUGGACAAGCUGACCAGGCUGCAGGUGGACUCUGCUGAGUACAGCUGUCUCAAGGCCAUCGCCCUGUUCUCACCAGACGCCUGUGGUCUAACAGACCCAGUUCAUGUGGAGUCUCUGCAGGAGAAGGCUCAGGUGGCUCUGACAGAGUACGAGAGGAUGCAGUACCCGAGUCAGCCUCAGCGCUUCGGACGCCUGCUCCUGCGCCUCCCGGCUCUGCGCGCCGUUCCUGCCAGCCUCAUCUCGCAGCUCUUUUUCAUGCGCCUGGUAGGAAAGACACCCAUCGAGACGUUGAUCCGUGACAUGCAGCUCUCCGGAAGCUCAAUCAGCUGGCCAUAUGUCCCAGGACAGUAGUCCCCCCGUGGACGAGGUCUCCGUCUGGAUUUAGUGACGACAAAGACCCACAGGAAUCCUCUUGACUCAUCACUAUCCAUCUGUGGUUAUGAAACUGCAGUGCCAGCUGGCCGUCAUAUGUACUGUACUGUAACUGCUCUAUUCCCCCUCAUGAAACUGUCUCCACAUGGGCUUCCAGAGAAGAGAGGGGCCGGUGCCAGGGUGGAUCUGUCUUGUUGCCAGCCCACUCGUUCUGGUGCCAGGUCUUAAGCCAGAGACAAGCUCUUCAUGCUGGGUGCCGAUAUGGCCACCACAGCCUGUCAUGUCACCACCCACAUGCCAUAGUGAAUAAAGACGCUGCAGUUUCAUGUAGAGGGCACCAGCACCCUGCUAUACAUACAUCUAGAGGACAAAACUGUCCUGCCACUGAAAGUCAGCAGAACACUUUUUCUCACACUGGGCUCAUUUUCCAUAGAUCACCAUUUGUGAUACAGUGACCUUUGUGUCCACACAACUGAUAACAUUACAGCACAGUAUCAUGAAUAUAAUGGAUCUAACUGAACAGUGAAGCAUCAGGAAGCUGCGGUUGUGCGGUGAACUGAAUAUAAGACACAGUAAGGGCCUCGUUGUUGAAGAGAAAAUUCUGAACUCCCUGCUCUCUUAGCUCAACACUGAGGAACAAGCCAAGGAACUGAUCAAAUGGAACAGAAGUGAAAUAAAAUAAAACCAAGGAAAAAUCACCAAAGUCUAGAAUAGAAUCAUAAGUACACGAAGCAGAGAGAAAGAGGACUCCUGUGACUGCCUGACCAUCAAGUGAACAUUGCAUUUACAUUCAUUCACAGGGCUCACUGUUGCUGUAGUUGAAGAAGAUUGGGGAAAAAAAAAAAGCCAGUUAAAUGAGAACGGGCUAAUACCUCACUAGACAUCAGAAUGCUUUAGUCUGAUAUUUCCUAAACACAAAACUCUGUAAAUGUUGUUCACCAGAAACCGCCUUCUUUUUGACAACUGCCUUGUUAUUCAGUAUGAAUUUGGUUCAUUUAUGAAAUAUUCUGAGCAUCACAAACAUUCGUCUUGUAUCUUUUUAAAAAAGAUCCCCCAGGUGAUUUUCACUUGUGUUUUGACUGAUUGAAUAUGGUGAAUUCAGCUAUUAAACUUGCUUUGGAUCUAGCCUCUUUUUUUUCUUUUUUGAGAUACGGCAGGCUGACAUCAACUCGGGUUUCUAGUAAAAAGACAAAUUCAAGACAAUAAGAACUCAUUCAACAAAUAUAGCUGGUGAUGAGAGUUUAUAACCAACACUACCAGUUAAAUACCAGUUUACGUCACUCAAUGCGGUCUCUGGGGGAAUGAUCCCAUGAAAAAUAUAUUGAAAUGUGUAUAUAUUGAGGCCAACUUUGUCUUUUUGCAUGUUCAAAUGUUGUUUUGGAUCUCUGAGUUGAAAUGCUUUCAUCCUUUUACAUUAUGUAACUCAAGGUUCAUUUAAACAUUAAAAUAUUGUGUUCACUGUUA